CGUCAUGCUAUGACGUCAUGCGGGUAUUUUGUUUGAGGAAGCGCAAGAAGAAACUGCAUCAAGUCCAGAACAUAUCUGACUUUACAAAACACAUCGACAUCAUCGAAGAGUUUAAUGUGACUGGAGUUAAAUUAUACGCUUUCCAACGUCCCAAGUCGUAAGUGAAGAAAGUGACUUCCACAUUCCCUGCCACAGGAUGCAGAUCAGCGGUUAUCUGUACGCUCUCAUCAUCUGUAGUGGAUUAAUCCUGUCUGUGCCGGCACUAAAGUCUGCCAACGACACACCGGCACUACUCCUGGUGUCUUUUGAUGGCUUUCGGGCAGACUACCUAAACAAAUACUCAUUUCCCAAUCUCGAGAAGUUCUUCUCUGAUGGUGUCCUUGUACAUGAACUAACCAAUGUGUUUACGACGAAAACCUUUCCCAAUCAUUACAGUCUCGUCACAGGGCUGUACGCGGAGAGUCAUGGGAUGCUUGCCAGUAUUAUGUACGACCCAGUGUCGAAAAAGCAUUUCUCUAUAAAAAAUGACAGUGACCCUUUCUGGUGGGACGAAGCCACUCCGAUCUGGGUGUCCGUGGAGAACAAUGGCUACAGGGCAGCAUCUGCUAUGUGGCCAGGAUCAGAUGUGAAUAUUCAAAACCACACAUUAAAAUACAAAUAUGAGUAUGACUCAAAGGUGCCCUUCCAAGAAAGGCUGGGAAACCUCACACAGUGGAUGACGACGGACAGAUCUGUUAAGUUUGCCACUCUGUACUGGGAAGAACCCGACUGGAGUGGCCACAAAUACGGCCCGGAGAACAUCACAGAGAUGGCCAAGGUUUUGAGGGAGGUGGAUAAUCACAUAGGUUUUUUGAUGGAGCAUCUCAACAAAACGGGAUUAUGGGGGAAAAUAAACAUUAUCAUCACUAGCGAUCAUGGUAUGGCCCAGUGUUCUCAAGAGCGUCUUAUUAAACUGGAUAACUGCAUCACUCCGAACAGCUAUACAGUAGUGGAUCUGACUCCUGUGGCUGCCAUAAUUCCACUGCAAGAUAAUUUCACCGUAUACAAAAACCUGUCCAGUUGUCACAGACACAUGAAGGUGUACCUGAAGGAAGAUGUUCCCGACAGGCUGCACUAUAAAAACAAUGAAAGGAUUCAGCCGAUCAUUUUGGUGGCAGAUGAAGGCUGGACGAUUGUCAAAGAUGGCAGACUCCCACGACUGGGCGAUCAUGGCUAUGACAAUACGCUUCCCAGCAUGCAUCCCUUCCUGGCCGCCCAUGGGCCUGCGUUCCGUAAAGGCUACAGGAUGUCGAGCUUUAACAGUGUGGAUCUCUACCCACUCAUGUGCCACCUCAUUGGGAUUGCUCCAGAGGCCAACAACGGCAGCUUCGCUCACGUGCGCUGUGCGCUAGUUAACGAGCAGUGCGGAGAGCUAGCGUUAGCGGUGGGCAUUGUCAUUGGUGUUUUAAUAAUCCUGACCACCUUCACCUGCCUAUUCAAACUGAUGAAGAACAGAGAUGCCUCGUCUCCUCGUCCAUUCGCCCGCUUGGAGUUAGAUGACGACGCUGAUGAUGAACCUUUACUUGAAUGAAGUGCUAAGCGCAUGUUAUUAGACGGAGGGAAUUUGACUUGAUUCAAGCACAUGCAAAAUGUUAAAGGAAUAGUUCACCCAAACAGGGAAAAAGUCAGACAGGUUUGGAAAAACAUGAGGGUGAGUAAAUGAUGACUGCAUUUUCAUUUUCAGGUGAACUGUUCCUUUAAAUGCUGAAAUGGUGCAGAGAUGACAAUCAUAUUGAAACUGUAAGAGAGAAAUUUAACUGUUGUAGAACCAGUAAAAUACACUGUAGGCACAAUAAGGAUUAGUCAUCAUUAGUAUGAAACAACAUGACAAAACAUGUCUUCAACAUCAGCUGUUGAGCUAGAAAUGCUUUAGUUUUAAAAUGUUUAGUGCUUCGUUUUUAACCAGGCUAUGAGAUCUCUGGACAACACCAAUAUUUACCAAAAGAAAACUAAAAAUAUUUUGAAUGUGUUAGAUUUUUCCUAACCUCACAAGCACAAGCAUGCUUCAGAAUGAUUCAGUUGUGCAACUUCCAAUAAUGCUUGUUUUUUAGCAUUAUCAUAAGCAUGUAAAUCUUGCUUUAUAACUAUGCAUAUUAUAUGUUACUAGUCAGGUUACUGAGGUGUGCCAUGCUUUAUACUCUUGAACUGGUCUGCACUUAACUUAGAACAUAAGCAAUAAUAAUUAUUAAAGUGUUAGUUCACCCAAAAAAAUGAAAAUUAUCCCAUAAUUUACUCACACUCAAGCCAUCCUAGGUGCAUAUGACUUUCUUGUUUCAGCCAAACACAAUCGUAUUUUUAUUAAAUAAUAUCCUGGCUUUUCCAUGCUUUAUAAUGGGAGUGAAAAGUACCCUAGAUUUUGAAGCCCAAAAAAAUGCAUCCAUUCAUCAUAAAAGUAAUCCAUAGGACUCCAGGGGGUUAAUAAAGGUUUUGAAGCGAUGCAUUUUUAAAAAAAAAUAUCCAUAUUUAAAACUUUAUAAACUAUAAUCACUGGCUUCCAGUAACGGCUGUACACGAGUCUAGUUUUGACAGAUAAGUGACCUCUUAUGAUGGAUGGAUGUGCUUUUUGUGGCUUCAAAAUCCCGGGCACCAUUCACUCCCAUUAUAAAGCUUGGAAGAGCCAGGAGGAUACUAUUUAAUAAAACUCCGGUUGUGUUUGACUGAAAGAAGAAAGUCAUAUACAUCUAGGAUGGCUUGAGGGUGAGUAAAUUAUGGGAUAAUUUUCAUUUUUGGGUAAAUUAAUCCUAUAACUAGCUUUUCUGAUGUUUUGUUUGUUUGUUUUUCUGGUUAAGGUUUGUAAACAGGAUGCUGAGGUUACUUGAAAACUCCUGGACUGAUUUUGUUUGUAGUGAAACUUUAUUUAUUAAGUCACGUUACAUCUGUUUUUACAUGCCAGGGAAUCCACAACCAGCUAAAUUUGAAUAUUUAUUUCUUUUUUUUAUAGGUUGCUUAUCUUUUUUUCUUUACAAAAGAGAGACCCAUUUAGAUCUCAGUGUUGCUCUGUCUAAUAAAGGAAUGAUCAUUUCUUCAUGAAUCCCUACUGAGGAAUAUUUCUGUAGGGUUUAAGAGGGCUUUUUACCUGAAGAUUGAAUGUUUCUUGUAAAGUAGAAUGAUUUUGGAUGUUGUUGAAUCUUUCUCUGAGAUUAUUGUAUGUGUAAAUACACUGUAAAGCUUGUUAUAUUUGCUUGUUGCACUAUAAUCUGUGUGGUCAGAUUUGGAAGAAGGGAAUCCGCUGCUACUUUAAGAAUUUAAGAAUUUGAAAUUUUGUCAUGCUUCAAAAUGAUUUGGUUUAUUUAAAAGGGAUUUUAUUUUUCCUAUUUAAUUAGUUGUUCUUUUUAAACAGUGUUGUUCAUUUAGUGGAAAAUAGCAAAAUAUUGCUUUUUAAUUUGUGUUUUUGACUUUUAAUACUGUUGUCUUAAAAUGACAUUGAAAAGCUGCAGAAAUCAGAGUUUUUCUUUUUGAAUUUUUAUAAAUGGCUUGUCAUUUCAUAAUCAUAUUUCAUGUGGCUUUUGUCUCUAGCAAUGGUCAAAAUUAUUUAACAUCUGUCUUUAGUUACUGAAAAGAAAGGUUACUGAAAUCAUUAUCCUUGCUUGUGCAGUUUUUGGCUAUCAAAUGUUUGUGGUUGUAUGUUUGUAUGAGCUUUCUGAAUCCUCAUGAAUCUAUGCAAAGCAAUAACUAAAUGGAACAUUUUCUCACUCAAAAAUGACAUGACAUUUGUCAUCAAAAUGAAAUAAAAUAUCUAUUUCAGAUA